GAAAUUUAAAAAUUAAAAAGAAAAAAGUAAAUUGGUGAAGGUGCAGGCAGGCGGCAGAAGCAGAGGGGGCACUGCAGCAGUGUGCAAGCUCUGCAGCAGCCAACACCACCAUCUUCACCAUAUAAAUUUAAACACACUUCUGCCCCAUUUCCGAUUUCCGAGCUACCCAUUUCUUUCAUUCUCUCUCUCCUCAUAAAACACUCACCCACACCCUACCUCUUCAAACCUACUAACUCUAUCUGAUCGCACUAUCUUUCUUUUUUUUUUCCUAUAUCCACAUUUCUUUCUAUCCUCUCAAUUUGAAAUCCCUCCCUCCAUCAUCUGUCUUUGUUUGUUGUGUUUAUAAUUUUAUAGUGGAGUAUACCAAAAGAAAGAAAUGCUGCGUCUAUUUUCACAUUUUUGUAUCUCCAUGUGUCAUCUCUUUGAGCCCUUUUAACAUGUCUACACGUUCAGUUUUCAUUCCUGUGGCUCUUUGACGCUCUAAGACGCCUGCCUCUCUUCUUCUUGGAAAAAGGAGAGAGAGAGAGAGAGAGAGAGUGUUUCAUUUGGAUGUGGUGUGAUAUUUGAAGAUCCUUGUGGAAAAAAAAUCGAUUCUUUUAGUUAUUUCAGCUGGAAAAUUUAUUGGUUGAGCAUCGCAUCUGCUGCUGAUAACAUUACUAGUUUCUGAGUGUGGAGAAAUAUUGGAGGAUUCUGUGGGUAGCCAGUGCAGAAGAGGGGAGCUGUAUUUUUGUUUCUUUCUGUGAACAAGUUGGUGGUUUCACCUUUCAUUUGGUGAGAAUUCGAGGCCUUUUGGUGGUGAACAAAUAUAGUAAUUUGUAACCGCUUUUUGCGCCCAAGUCGUGCACGAAGGUGGUUUCUUGUGUGAAAAAGGGAAGAAGAGAACAGAUUCAUUUUGUCACUAUGCAUAUCAUUCUUUCACACAAAGCUACUUAGAUUUCGUUGAGCAAUUUUGGCUCUUUCACCUUUUUCUCUUCUCGUGUGAGCGAAGGCUGUUCAAGUGCCAUCACCAAAAUCAGCAGGAAAAGUAUUCUUUUCGAAAACUUCUCUCCCUGCUUCAGAGAAUUUUGUAUAAAGCUGCAAACUUUAUCCAAGAUACUACCUUUUCCUUUCCUCAAGUUUUGAAAAAAUGGCUAUGGUGGCACAUCUUCACCGGGAGGAUAGCAGUGGGAGCAUUAGUAAACAUCUUGAUGCCGGAAAGUAUGUCCGGUACACGGCGGAGCAGGUGGAGGCGCUGGAGAGGGUGUAUGCUGAGUGUCCGAAGCCGAGCUCUCUACGCCGGCAGCAGCUGAUUCGGGAGUGCCCUAUUCUUUCAAACAUUGAAGCCAAGCAAAUCAAAGUCUGGUUUCAGAAUCGGAGGUGUCGAGAGAAGCAGCGAAAGGAAUCUACUAGACUCCAAAGUGUGAAUAGAAAAUUGUCUGCAAUGAACAAGCUGCUGAUGGAGGAAAACGACCGCCUCCAGAAGCAGGUUUCACAGCUGGUGUGCGAGAAUGGAUACAUGCGGCAGCACUUGGGGCCUGCUCCCGCCACUGAUGCGAGUUGUGAGUCAGCUGUCACGACUCCUCAGCAUUCUCUUCGAGAUGCUAGCAACCCUGCUGGACUCCUCUCGAUCGCAGAGGAGACAUUGACAGAGUUCCUUUCAAAGGCUACAGGAACUGCUGUUGAUUGGGUCCAGAUGCCUGGGAUGAAGCCUGGUCCGGGUUCGGUUGGGAUCUUUGCCAUUUCACAAAGUUGUAGUGGAGUGGCAGCACGAGCCUGCGGUCUUGUGAGUCUAGAACCUAUAAAGAUUGCAGAGAUCCUUAAAGAUCGUCCUACUUGGUUCCGUGACUGUCGGAGCCUUGAAGUUUUCACUAUGUUCCCUGCAGGAAAUGGUGGAACCAUUGAGCUGCUGUAUACACAGACGUACGCCCCAACUACUCUGGCUCCUGCCCGUGAUUUUUGGACUCUGAGAUACACAACCACGUUGGACAAUGGCAGCCUUGUAGUAUGUGAGAGGUCGCUCUCUGGUACUGGGUCUGGGCCAAACGCAGCUGCAGCUUCACAGUUUGUGAGAGCUGAAAUGUUUCCAUCCGGAUAUUUGAUCCGACCGUGUGAUGGUGGAGGUUCCAUUAUUCACAUUGUAGACCACCUUAGUCUCGAGGCAUGGAGUGUGCCGGAGGUCCUGCGCCCACUUUAUGAAUCUUCGAAAGUGUUAGCGCAGAAGACAACUAUAGCUGCAAUAAAAUAUAUCCGGCAGAUAGCUCAGGAGAUGAGUGGUGAGAUCGUAUAUGGUCUUGGCAGGCAGCCGGCUGUUCUGCGCACUUUCAGCCAGAGGUUAAGCAGAGGCUUUAAUGAUGCAGUUAAUGGGUUCAAUGAUGAUGGAUGGUCCAUAUUAAACUGUGACGGUGCUGAAGAUGUGGUGGUUGCCAUCAGUUCUGGGAAAAACUUGAAUGGUGGGUUGAAUGCUCUUCCCAUGCUUGGAGGAGUUCUCUGUGCAAAAGCAUCUAUGCUACUUCAGAAUGUCCCUCCAGCUGUGCUGGUUCGCUUCCUACGGGAGCAUCGAUCAGAGUGGGCGGACUUCAACAUUGAUGCCUAUGCUGCUGCAUCAUUGAAAAACACGUAUGCUUACCCAGGGAUGAGGCCCACUAAAUUUACCGGAAGCCAAAUUAUCAUGCCUCUAGGACAUACUAUUGAACAUGAAGAGAUGCUUGAAGUAAUUCGAUUGGAAGGACAUCUACUCAGUCAUGAAGAUGCUUUUAUGUCGAGGGAUAUUCAUCUUUUGCAGAUGUGUAGUGGAAUAGAUGAGAGUGCUGUUGGAUCCUGCUCCGAGCUUGUUUUUGCACCAAUCGACGAGAUGUUUCCAGAGGAUGCGCAGUUGCUGCCUUCUGGUUUUCGGAUAAUCCCACUCGAUCCAAAACCAGGUGACUUGCAAGAAUCAUUAGCCUUACACAAAACGCUAGAUUUGACGUCAAGUCUCGAAGUUGGCCCAGCCACGAGCAGCCAUGGGAAAAUUGCUGGAGGUGCCUACAGUGCCCGGUCUAUUCUGACUAUCGCAUUCCAGUUCCCUUUUGAGAGCAAUUUGCAGGAUAAUGUUGCUUCAAUGGCACGCCAGUAUGUUCGUAGUGUGAUUUCCUCUGUGCAGAGGGUUGCUAUGGCUAUCUCUCAGUCAGGAGUAAGCCCUUCUAUAGGCUCAAAGCUAUCUCCAGCCUCACCAGAAGCUGUGACCCUCGCGCAUUGGAUCUGUCAAAGCUAUAGCCUUCAUACUGGGGCAGAGUUGCUUGCUGUGGAAUCUUCGAGUAGUGAAGCACUUUUGAAAACGCUUUGGCAUCACCAAGACGCCAUCUUAUGCUGCUCAUUGAAGGCGGUACCUGUGUUCACGUUUGCGAACCAAGCAGGGCUGGAUAUGCUGGAGACAACACUAGUUUCGCUGCAAGAUAUUACUCUAGACAAGAUAUUCGACGAUGCUGGGCGGAAGGGGUUGUUCUCGGAGUUGGCCAAGAUCAUGCAACAGGGGUCCACUCACUUGCCGGGUGGCAUCUGUAUGUCGACAAUGGGGCGCCAUGUCUCGUACGAGCAGGCUAUCGUAUGGAAGGUGUUUGCGGCGGAGGACACCACGGUGCACUGCCUGGCCUUGUCCUUUGUGAAUUGGUCCUUUGUGUGAAUCAAGUUUUGAGGCUGGACAUGGUUUGUGUCUUAAUUUAUUUGAAAUUGCUGGAAUUUAUGUUCUGUUGUUGUCUCUCAUCUUGUUCAGUUUUGAAAAUGCAUUGCAGAGAAACAACUCCUCAAUUCAAGUAAUUAUUUGUUUA